UGAAUCCUCUCAAUACUCAUCACCUCUCAACGCAAACAACCACAAAAAAUUAUAUUCUAAGAGGAAGAAGAAAAGAAAAUGGAAGCCAAAAGAAGCUACAAUGAAGAAUUUGACAACCUCAGGGCUACGGAGCUUAGGCUCGGGUUGCCGGGUACAGAUGACGUGCCAAAGAAACCGGUGUCCGGUAACAAACGGACGUUUGAUGAGCUAGACGUUGAUGCCGGGUCUGAUGCCAAGCAAGUUGAGCCAAAGGCACAAAUUGUAGGGUGGCCACCGGUUCGAUCUUACAGGAAGAACAGCAUUCAAGCAAAGAAAGCGGAAGCUGAGGCUGGGGGUAUCUUGGUGAAAGUUAGUAUGGAUGGAGCUCCAUACUUGAGGAAAACUGAUCUCAAGAUGUACAAAGAGUACAAAGAACUGAGAGAGGCUUUGAAUACUAUGUUCAAGUGCUUUGAGGGGUUAAACGGAUCAGAUUGUGCGAUAACGUAUGAAGAUAAAGAUGGGGAUUGGAUGUUGGUCGGAGAUGUUCCGUGGGGGAUGUUUGUUUCUUCAUGCAAGAGGUUAAGGAUAAUGAGAGGAUCUGAAGCUAGAGGAUUGGGAUCGAACUGAUGAAAAUAAUGAAGAUGGAUAUAUCAAUUUUGUUCAGAUUCUUUGAGAUAAUUGUUGCAGAGGAAAGAACAGCUACAAAAAGAUGCAUCUGGCUUAACUUUAGAGUUCUAGCACUUAUCCUUUUAAUUUGCAUACAGUGAUAGAGACCUUGUAAUCCACUACAAUUGUACAAAGAAAUAGUUUACAUUUUACAUGUGUAUUUGAAUGGAA